AUGUCUGAAACAAUUCCUCCUCUCAGAAGAGCGAAAAUCGCUCGCUACUUCAAACAAAUGCCUCUCAGAGACCACCAAGAACACAUCCUCGCGUUAAGUGGGCUAUGGAAAAUCGCCAUAACCAACCCCAAUGAUCCAGAAUUUCCUUCCCUUGGCAUCUUUAGAUGCAUGGCCAAGUUAAUUCAAAAAGGAGUCACUAACAAAGAUUGGCUCCUUAGGUGUCAGAACAUGUACAUCCCUUAUUAUGCAGCGCAUAUCAUUGGUUCUUACACCAUGAAUAAACCCGGGUUUGCCGAUAAAGCUGUUAAGUCCAACGUGUUUCAGCCACUGAUGGAGCUGAUACGAGGCAAGAUUAGUUGGGUUGAGAAACGAGUUGCACUUCGUGCACUGGGUCAUUUGGCCAGCCAUGAAGCUACUUUUGAAGCCGUUGCUGAGCAUGAAGCUGAGGUGGUAGAAGCAGCCAUUGACAUAGCAUCCACGUGCCUAAAAGAGGUGUAUGAAAAGUUUGUUGCGUUGAAGGAAUCAGAGAGGUUGGAGUACCAUAGGAACUUGCUGACAAGAGGGCACGGAGACUUGGAAUUAGAGAACAGAAAGGCAGAAGAAUGGGCCAGCCAGCUUCAGUGUUGGUCUCUCUAUCUCCUUGAUUGUUUUGCAUGUAGAGAAAGAUCUCUGGAACUAAUCUGCAAAAAGAGAUUCUUGAAGGACUUGUGUGGAAUGUGGGGUGGUUUGGUAAACCCAACAUCACCUGCAGGAAUAGGGCUUCUCAGAACUCUUUGCGACACCCAAAUGGGGAGAGAAAGUGUAGCAGAUUUGGAAGAAGUGGUAGUAAAUCUCUGCAAUGUCUCACGGUCCUCAGAUGACAGGCAACACAUGGCAAUUGAUAGUCUUUUGCAACUUCUCAGAGAUCCAGUUACAAGAUAUAAAGUACUAGACACCACUGCUCCAGUUCUUGCGGAUUUGGUUGAGCUUAGAAGCAUGGGAGGGAAACCCAAAGUGGGGCAAGCAAUAAUGCAGACUCUCUUACAGGAUUACCACAAAAUCAAGUUUGGUGAGUUGAACUUAAAGAGUGAGAGAACCAAGAGAACAUUAAAAGAGUUAUGGGAGUUGAAGGUGGAAAGAGUCAAAAGAGAAAGCCUAAUGAACGAGGAAGAAAUCAGAGAAAAAAAAGUGUUGGCAGGUAUUUUGAAACAAGAAGGGAAUCGAGAAUUUGGGUCAGGGGACAUAGAAAAAGCUGUGAUGAAGUACACAGAGGCUUUGGAUCUGUGCCCAUUAAAGACUAAGAAAGAGAGAAUUGUGCUUCAUAGCAAUAGAGCACAGUGUCACUUGCUUCUUAGAGAGCCAGAAGCUGCACUCAGCGAUACCACACGAGCUCUGUGUCUAUCGAAUGUGGCGAGCGCGUGUGUUCACAGCAAGAGUUUGUGGAGAAGAUCACAGGCUUAUGACAUGAAGGGGCUAGCCAAAGAGAGUUUGAUGGAUUGUUUAAUGUUCAUUAGCGACCGAUUUGGGUCUCGGGAGAGAAAGGGAUUCAAGAUCCCACACUACGCAGCACGAAUGGUUAACAAACAGAUGAACGCCACGUGGCUCUUUGCUUCAGUCAAGUUAAAUUGGAACGCUACGCAGCAAGAACCCGAAAGAUUUUGUGGUCCAAAAUAA